AUGGGCAAAGCAACAGUCAUCUUGUCGAGUGCCUUUCUCGCAAUCGGUGGCUUUCUUUUUGGUUAUGAUUCAGGAAUCAUAGGAGGAGUCAUCUCCUUCCCCCAAUUCAUCGAAUACUUCAACAAUCCAAACAGCACAGUCACUGGUGGCAUUGUCUCGACCUUCCAGGGCGGCGCUGUGUUGGGCACGAUCAUUAACAUGGUUGUCGCCGACCGCUUGGGUCGUAAGAAGACGAUUGCUGUAGGUUCAGUAGUCUCCUUGAUCGGAUGUGUACUGCAAGCAGCGGCUGUCAACAUGGUCAUGCUCAUGAUCGGAAGGUAUGAUGCCUGA